UCAUGCGAAGCGCGGGCGUUAUUUUGAAGGGCUCCGACGUCGUCGCCAUGUUUCGAUCAUUAUAGUGUUGUUAUAGCGAAGAUUGUCAUACAGGUGACUGGACUGUCAACUGUUCGUCAGUUAGUGUUGGAAGAUCUACUUUGAAAUUUUGCGAGGCUUUGGCCCACACACCGAUGGCAUGGGUGUAGAAGUUUGUCCAGUCCACAUAGCAGAAUUUAAGGGUUCCCACAUCUCUAGCAUUCAUGUAGCUGCCAUGUUCAACUCCCAGCUUAGAGGCCUGAAACGAAAGCACGCAGAGGAUGACGAUGAGGACGAGGAUCGGGAAGAUCCUCCCACUGCUCCGAGUCGUCGGAUGCAGACCUACAGCCAGAGACGUCUAUCCAUGCUUAACACAACUUACGACAAGCUUAACAAGAUAAAACAGACAGCAGACUCCAAUUUACGAUCUUACGUUUUGAUGCUUAACACCAUGCGUAAGAUUGAGAGGGAAAUGGAAAAGGAUGGUAUCAAAGUUGAUGGUUUGACAGGUUCGACAUUCUUGCCUGCGGUAAAUAAUCAAAUAGAGCUUGAUAGCCGCCUGACAGAUGUUUUUCCAUCGACUACGACCACUGAAACGCAGUCUAGCUCUAUUUUGUCAUCAGUCAAUUAUGCAACAGACACAUACACUGUUGACUCUGCAUCGAGAACUGUAGCAGCAUCUGUGAUAAACUCGCCUCAGCCUCCAAAUAACAAUACGUUUGGCUGCGGGAACUCUGCGGAAGGUUAUAGUGCAGACUAUGAAAAAUAUUUCAUGGUUCUCGACGACCCGUCUUCUGGUCGAGCCACUCCCUUUGUUAGAACUGAAGUAGAUUCAGGUGCCUUAUGGAAUGAUGAUAGUGAUAGGUUGCCUAGUCUCAACUGGAGUUCAGUACUUAAAAUUGUGGAUGGUGACAGUGCAUCUGCUAUUGGUUCCCUAUACUCCGAUGCAAAUGUAGACUCCUCAGCUGCGAGUUGUAGUUAUGAUGCUUCGAGUAGCAGCAGUGGUUGUAGUGACUGUUCUCUUUCAGAUGAUGCCAUUUCAAACUCUGAAACAUCCCUUCAUACACUUAUGCCAGCAACAACUGUUCUUUCAUCAUCUUUAAAUAAUGUUGGGGUUUAUUAUUGUCCAAGUACAUUGACUAGCCCAAACAUGAGCUCUGCAUCUGGUAGCACAAGUCCUAAUCCCGGGUCCUCUCCGACAAGCAGUGAGGACGAAAUUUUCGGAGACAUUGAUGUAGCUUUAUAUGACUAUGAUUUCACGCCAUUAUCUCCGCCCAAUGUUAAAAUGACCCCUGUUAGUGCUGAAGAACUGAUGCAAUCACUUUCAAACGAUCAAACUGAUGACAACUUGCAAUUUUUAAAAUCGGACUACGAUGAUGACAGUCAAGAACCCAUUUCUUCUGUCAAAAUAAGUUAUUCUGAUGAUGACAUGGAUACGUGA